AGUCGAUGUCUAAACACUCGUACAUGCACGUCUUCAAACGCCGGGAAAAAUUAUACAACAGUGACACUUGUGAAAGAAAAAAGUGCGCGUGAACCGCUUUGACACCGUUUUCAGCGGGAACUGGGAAGCAAGUCUCCCGCUGCGUUCCGGUUGCUGUAUAAAUUAAUAAAUGAAACAAAAAUAGUGUGGUUAUAAUUCAAAUCGUUAAGAAUGUCAAUCAGAGGUGUUCAAGAUGGCUCCAGAUCACCUAUGAUGAUCACUGAUUCGUUUUUCGACGAUGGAGGCAGUGAAAGCCCAACAAGUGCUGUCGGUGCGGAGGCCCCUCGGGAACUUCCCAAUGAAUUGUCCGCGCCUUACGAGGUCCCGCAGUUCCCCAUCGAACAAAUUGAAAAGAAGCUUCUUAUACAAAGGCAGCUUAACGUGAAGGCAGCAGAAUGCGGUCAGUCGGUACGUUCGUUCGCGGGCAGCGAGGUGGGCGGCGCCUUAGAGGAAGCUGCGCGCUUCCGCAUCCCCGACGACGACGAGGUGGACGUAGUUCUUCCUCAUUUUCAGCGGGUCGCCAUUAGUGGCGAGGAUACAUCUGGGGUGCCUCUUGAGGAUCUCCAGCAGGCGUCGUCGUACCUGGUGCAGGCGCUGGAGAUCCGCAAGCGUUACAUGGAGAUGUCGCAGCAGAGCUACGCUACCAUCACCGCGCGCUUCGUGAGGAACAUGGACGCGGACGCGCCGCAAAACCACACACCCACCGUGAAAGUGCCUAAGAGCCACAUCGCUGACCACAUUGUCCACCCACCUUUCAAAGAAAAUAAGGACCCAUGGGAGUGUCCGAAUCCAGAUGCGAAAGGCUACACCAUCAAAUCGGAUCGCGGCGUAUUCAAUUUGUACCGACAGGAGGGCGGCGUGGAGAGCCGGGUGCCUUAUGAGUACAUAACCCUCACGCAGUACAUACAGGACAUGAACACAAUGUGCAACAUGAUCGCCGAUGGACCGCUCAAGUCGUUCUGCUACCGGCGGCUGAGCUACCUGUCGUCCAAGUUCCAGCUUCACGUGCUGCUCAAUGAACUGCGCGAGCUGGCCUCCCAGAAGGCAGUACCCCACAGAGACUUCUAUAACAUCAGGAAAGUGGACACGCACAUCCACGCCGCUUCGUGUAUGAACCAAAAACACCUGCUGCGCUUCAUUAAAAAGACGCUGAAAAACCACGCGGAUGAGGUGGUGACCCUGCACAAGGGAACUCCAAUGACGCUGAAGGCGGUGUUCCAGAGCAUGAACCUGAGCACGUACGACCUCACUGUGGACAUGCUCGACGUACACGCGGACAGAAACACGUUCCACCGUUUCGACAAAUUCAACGCAAAAUACAAUCCCAUCGGUGAGAGCAGACUGAGGGAGGUGUUCCUCAAGACCGACAACUACAUGAACGGGAAAUACUUCGCAAGAAUCAUUAAGGAAGUGGCUUUUGACUUGGAAGAGAGCAAGUACCAGAACGCGGAGCUGCGGCUCUCGAUCUACGGCAAGAGCCCCACCGAGUGGGCCAAGCUGGCGCGCUGGGCCAUCCAGUACGACGUACAUUCCAACAACGUGCGCUGGCUCAUACAGAUACCUCGUCUAUACGACAUCUUCAAGUCGAACAAGAUCAUGAACAACUUCCAGGAGUUCCUCAGCAACAUCUUCCAGCCGCUAUUCGAGGUCACCAACGACCCCAACAGCAACACUGACCUGCACAAAUUCUUGACCCACGUGGUUGGCUUCGAUAGCGUGGACGACGAGUCGAAGCCGGAGAACCCAAUCCUGGACCCCGACGUGAAGAUCCCCGAGGAGUGGGACGACGAGGAGAACCCGCCCUAUGCGUACUACCUCUACUACAUGUACGCCAACAUGACCGUGCUCAACCACUUCCGCAAGGAGCAAGGUUUGAACACUUUCGUGCUUCGGCCACAUUGCGGGGAAGCGGGACCCGUCCAGCAUCUUGUAUGCGGCUUCAUGCUAGCUGAGAAUAUUUCCCAUGGGUUGCUGCUCAGGAAGGUGCCGGUGCUGCAGUACCUGUACUACCUGGCGCAGAUCUACAUCGCGAUGUCGCCGCUCAGCAACAACUCGCUGUUCCUGAACUAUCACCGCAACCCGCUGCCCGAGUUCCUGGCGCGUGGCCUUUGCAUCACGCUCAGUACCGACGACCCGCUGCAGUUCCACUUCACCAAGGAGCCGCUGAUGGAGGAGUACAGCAUCGCGGCGCAGGUGUGGAAGCUGAGCUCGUGCGACAUGUGCGAGCUGGCGCGCAACUCCGUGCUCAUGUCCGGCUUCCCGCACGAGAUGAAGCAGUACUGGCUGGGCCCCAACUACAUGAAGGAGGGUGUGGCCGGCAAUGACAUAACUCGCACCAACGUGCCUGACAUACGUAUCUCUUUCCGCUACGAGACUCUGCUUGACGAACUUACCAAUAUUUUCAAGAUACAACAGUGUGCUACGAUCUUCUCUACUGAAGUCACAUCUCUCAGUCCACCAAUAUUCAAAUGGCCUUUCGCCCUCGACGUCGCCGCCGCCCAACAUUAACGUACCCAUCGUGAGCCUCAAACGCCCUUCGCUCGUUUGACCCUUAGUUUUUAACCAAAUAUUAAUAUAUCAUAUAUUUUAUUAAUUAUUAUAUAAGUCCACUCGACACACUUGACAAAUGGCAACAGUUUUCUAUUUUUUUUUAAACUAUAUUUUUAAAUGUUACAGUAUAGUUUUAUUUUUAUCCUGAAUCUGGGAGGCAUUUCAUCAACAUAAAUUGCACAUGGACACAUUCAGAACCGAAACAAUUAGUUGUAGGCCAUAGAAAUACUUGUUCCGUGCGAGAUUUGAACCCGGAAUUCUACAGCGCCGCGACUAAACAUAAGCUAAGCUCUGAGCUACGGAACCGUCAAUACUAUAUUCAGCGCCGACUAUAUUUCACACGAAACUGUACUGUAUAAUAGUGGACAUACACGUAUGUAUGUAUUAGAAAUAAUAGUAAUAACUAUAUGAAUUUAUAAUGACACAUACAUACGUAUGUAUUACUAUAAAUUAUAAACCAAUCAGGGUAUGAGACACUGUUUUAAUACUUUAUUUAAUCGACGUGGUAGUAAGCGCGGCAAAACUGUGAGAAUAACAUUUUAAAGAAUAGAAUUUUUUUUUUUUUAAUUUAUUUUGGCAACAAACAGUCGUAUACAAAAGAAAAUGCAAUACAAACAACUUAUCUCUUAAAAAUUGACCUACAGUGCCGAAAAGUUAAACACAAUUUAAAAGAAAGUUACAUGGUAACACUACAUAGCUAUUAUUUACAUAACAAAACGACUAAGUACAGAAGCAUUAAUAGAAUAUAUAGGUAUAUAUACAUAUACAUACCAAAAAAAAAAAUUGCAACUCACUUGCAAACCUUACUUAAAUUGGUUUUUAAUGUUUGUUUUAAGGUAUUGAGAGAUGUGUUAAAAAGGUCGAUAUUAGUAAAUUGUUUAUUAUAUAAGUCAGUGGAACGGUAUACGAAUGCGUUACGAGUAUAUCUUUUAUGUAACCGCGGAGGAACAAAAAGUGGCAUUUUACGUGAGGAUCGCACUGGAAGACGAGCACGAGCAAUAAAUGAUACCUUUGAGAGAAGUAGAGAAGAGUCAAUUAAAUUAUUCAAGAGAAUUGUUUUAAAGACACAUAUUUGCUUCAGAUUCAUUUGUCAUUACAUUCUUUUUUAACAGUUUGUUAUUUGUAAAUUUAGAAGCAGCUGAAGUCUCUAGAACUUGUUAUUCCAAACAUUAAAAUGUAAAAGAGAAACGGGACAAAGGUCUUAAUAGGAUUUUUGCAGCGAUAACUUGACUACCAAUGUUGCUAGCAGCAGACGGUGGAAAACUGUACUCCCGUUUAGGAAGAUUGGGGCUGGAUGUUUGUCUAUAUGCAAUUUAAAAAAAAAGGUGUUGUAGUCGUAUUUAAAAAAAAAUCAUCACUUGUUUUGGCACGUGCCUUUUUACCUGAUUACCACAGAAGGUGGGUAAUAUUUAUUUUUAAAUUAUAUGUACAACUUCUUCUUGCUACUGCCUUAGUUUAAAUAUUUUUAAGUGUACUUAUAAUUUGCUAAUCAAUAGCCUUUGAUAAUAGAUUAAGAAAAAUAAUUUAUUUAGAAUAAAAUAUGACCGUAUAGCCAUUUAUUAAAUCAAAUAACUUUCUUAUCAAAAAGUAAUAAAAAAUGUUGUUAAUUUUUAAAUAAUAGAAAACGUCUAUAUUAAUAUUAUUUUAAUUCCGUUUCUAUAUUUAUUUUAUAGAUAUAUUAAAGUUCAAAUUAAAAAAAAAUAACUGAACGUUUUUACUUUAUAAUAUACUUAAGUUAUACAUAAUAUGUAAUUUUAAAAAUAAAUAAUAUUUGAC